GCUCGUUGUCUCCGCGCACACGGUGGCUUUGGUGAGCGCGGAGUGGGAGGGGAAGAAUUCCUCUCCGUACCCGUUCGCGUCGGUUCUCCUUCAGUGCGCGCUUCUCUCCCUCUCCCUCUCUCUCUCCCUAUUUCCUCCCUCCUUUCCUGCCCUCCUUCUGUGGGCUACAACAUCCCUGUUUUCAAACGCGAUGACAGUCGAGGCGAACGCGUGAGCGGAUCCCACAGGUGUGUUGCUGCCAACUGAGCCGCGGCACCCGGAGACUCACACACACACACACCUGGAAAUUACCAUGUGACUCGGCACCUGGGCGUGGAGAAAGUCCCCGAUAUUGUAACCAGAGACUCUUUUGUUGAGGAGUUGCCCUGGUUGCGUUUUAACAGGAAUUGGCAAAUCGGUCAACCAAGUAGCCCGUGUUUUGUACGGAAUAGUGCCUUCCUGAACCGGCUCACAGGACGUGUGAGGAGAGUAAAAUGUGAACUUGCUUACGGACUCGUUUCUUGUUUUUUAAUCAUUAGUAUUAUUUCACCAGGAGCUGUGCUUCAGUAUCUGGACUGUUCGCGUUUGUGCAACUACUCUCUUCGCUCCUUUUCCUCCAAGAGCCCGGGCCCUUAAUGAAGCUCGGGGUCAGCGGCAGUGUACGGCUAAUUGGCCAAGUUUGCCCGGGGCUCCGGCUGCCUCUGAUUGAAGUGACCAGUGAGGGCCCAUUGUGCAGCCGCUGCUGCACCCUGCUCUGUUCCACUCCAACAGCCAAGAAAGCACCCCUGUCUGCCUCUCCCUAAGAUGGCGAGCUGGGUCUCCCUCCUCCUCCUCCUCUUCUGCAAGUCAGUCUCACAAGCCCAGGAGGAGAGAAACAGUAACCCCAAUCUGGAGUUCACCUCCGAGACCCCCAUCAACAAUGUGGUCCAGGACACCCAGACGGGUCGCAUCUACCUGGGGGCAGUCAACACCAUCUUCCAACUGGAUCCAUUGCUUCACCAGGAGGCCCGGGCUGAAACGGGACCCAAAGAGGAUGCACGGACAUGUACACCUCCUGCUUCUGCGUGCCAGGACACAAAGCCCAUGCCCAACCUCAACAAGCUUCUUCUGGUUCAUCCAUCCAACAAUAGCCUCAUAGUCUGUGGCAGCCGCUACCGGGGCAUCUGCUCCCUCCUCAACCUAACCAACGUGGAACAACAGCUGUAUUACAGUGACAGUAAAGGAGAGAGGACUUAUGUGGCUAGCAUAGAGGAUAACGUGAACGUGGUGGGUGUCAUGUCCACCUUCUCAAAAGAGGGCCACACGUUUGAUGUGUUUCUUGUUGGAAAGGGCUACGGAUCCCUGGACAGUACAAAACUCAUUAGCACACGAAUCCUUCAGGACUUCCGUGAUUGGGUUGUGUUUGAAAGCAUCAUUGAAGCAUCAACGGUACAGACGACACCAUUUGUUCCCAAGUACCUGCAUGACUUCCGCCUUGCCUUCAAAGAUGGUAGUUUUGUUUAUUUCCUCUUUUCGCGAACACUUGAUGGUACGGACAAUAAAAACCUGACCUUUGUGUCUCGUCUUUGUGAAGAAGACCACCAUUACUAUUCUCACACGGAGCUCCAGUUAAACUGCGGCAAAAAUAACCGUUACAACAAAGUCCAAGCUGCCUAUGUGGCUUCUCCAGGAAAAGAGCUUGCACGGGUAAUGACUGAAUUAGGCACGUACGGGAAGGUCGUCGACUGGAACAAAGUCCUGUUCGUGGUGGCGAGUUCGGACGAAGACGACAACGACUCGGCUCUCUGCAUGUACCCACUGAACUCCAUCAAUGAGCGGCUGGUGGAUAUCAUCAGCGCCUGCUACAGCGACUUUGGAAAGAUUUCUGGUUUUCCGGCUGUAGACGUCCCCUACACGACGAAAACUGAUGGAUUCUGCACGUCGACAAUUGCAAAGGAUACAUUGGAAAACUUCAAGUGUGGUGCAGACUUUCUGCCUUCCCCUCUGGCUAGCAAGCCAAGAUUCGCCUUACAGGCGGAGGCGGUGCUGACCAGGCCUGGCCUGCUGACUGCUGUGGCUGUUGCUGUGGAGAACGAUCACACCAUCGCCUUCUUGGGGAACAACCAGGGGGAUGUCUUCAAGGUACACCUGACCACUGAGCCAUACGUGUACAGCAAAAUCACUGGAAACACCAUGGGAGAGAAGGUCAACAAGAACCUUUUCUUUGACCUCAGUCACAGCCACCUCUACGUUACUACAGAGAAAAAGAUCACCAAGGUACCGGUGCAGACGUGCCUCCGACAGAAAGACUGCCAAUCAUGUGUGGAACUGAAGGACCCUUACUGUGGCUGGUGUGUCCUGGAGGGCAGGUGUACCAGGAGGUCUGAAUGCCGACGGGCAGAGGAGAAGAAUGGCUGGCUGUGGAGCCCCAGGCAGCAGUGUGUCAAGAUUGUCUCCUUCUUUCCCUCGAACCUUUCCUGUAAAAAGACUCAGAAGGUGAGUAGCAACAUCCCUUCCCUUCCUACGAUUGGGCCUGCUGACCGUCUGCACUGCACCGUCAAUUCUUUCAAGAGUGAGGGCACCAUGUCUGACUCUGGUCACAUCUCCUGCGAUCUGCCCGACCCUUCGCUCAUACCACAAACGCCUGAGGGCCAAGACUUUGUGGCCGUGGCGAUCCGGAUUUUCGUCAACGAGACUGUGGAGCUGGCCAUGCGGGAGUUUAACUUCUAUAACUGCGCUGCCACAGUGAGGAAAUCUGAAAACACACCGUGCAUGUCAUGUGUGACCAGUUCGUGGGGCUGCCAGUGGAAUACAGCCGACCACACGUGCAGCGACGAGGACGACAGGGUGGGCGUCAGCAUCAUCAAGCCCCGUCAGGGAGCCAAGUGUCCUCAGUUUGAGAAUCCGGAUCCUAUGCUAAUCCCCGUAGGCUACAAGACACGUAUCAGCUUCGAGGGGAUCAAUUUGGACCUCUACAAGGGUCGUGUUUUCACUAUUGGCACUGAGCUGAUGAGAAAUGUGGAAGAAGAGGUCAAUUUUGAGCAGGGACCCUUCUACACCUUCAGUGGCUUCAAUUUUUCUUACAAUAAGUCACCGGAGACCAAUGUUCUCUUCUACGUGAAGGACAAGGAGUCAGGCAAGAAGAUGGACAGCACGCUGAACGUCACCCUGUACAACUGCUCCAUGGGGAGGGAGGACUGUAGUCUCUGUAAGAACGCAGACAUAAAGUACAAGUGUGUGUGGUGUAAGAAGCAGAAGGCAUGUGUGUACGAGAAGCUGUGCAGUCCUGACCAGCAAGGGUCCGAUGAUCCUCACAACGUCGAGUGUCCCGACCCCCAGAUCACUGAUAUCAUCCCUCGUUUCGGCCCCCUGAAGGGAGGAAUCUCCAUCACCAUCCGUGGCUCCAACCUCGGCAUCCACAGGGAAGACAUUAAAAACAUUACUGUGGUCGGGGUGCCAUGUAUCCAUCAGCCAGAGAAGUACUCUGUCUCCACGAGCGUUGUGUGUGAGAUUGGCCGUAUUGACGCUGAAGCCCAUCACUGGGGCCAGGUGGAUGUGGAGUUGAAGGGGGGGAAGAAAGGAACCUCCUCCUUGCGCUUCACCUACAGGAACCCGAUUCCUGACUUGGUGAAACCCACUAAAGGUCCUAAAGCAGGGGGCACCCUCAUUACCAUUUCUGGAACAUUUUUGGACACCGGCAGUAAGGAAGAUGUCCAGGUUACCAUUGGAAACGUGGCCUGCAUUGUGGAACACUUUGGAGCAGAGAUCACCUGCAGGACAGGAGAAUAUGGAUCAGAUAAGGUGCCCUCUGACCCUUUCAUCGUCACAGUGAAGUAUGGGAAGCAUACAGCAACGAGCACAACAAAUACCUUCCAGUUCUUGGAUAAUCCCAUCGUGCUGGACCACUUCCCAAAAGGAAGCUUUGUCUGUGGAGGGAGGAACAUUGUGUUGACCGGCUCUGGCUUUGACCUUAUUCAGUCCGCUGUCAUGAUGGUCCGUGGAGACAACUCAACAGUUUUUGAGGACGCCCACGAGAAAAACGACACAGUCAUCCAGUUUCGCUCUCCGACGGUGAACAAUUCCCAGAACCAGCACUUCAGAACGUACAUCCACCUGGACAACUGGGUGAAGGAACUGAAACCCUUCGACUACCACCCCGACCCCAUCUUCGAUAAGAUGAUCAAGAAGGUCAUCACUGAGGCCAGCAUCAUCAUCGUCACUGGUCGGGGAUUCUCCAAAGCUAUGACGGCCAAAGAGGCUCAAGCCUUCGUGGGCGACGUUUCCUGUUUGGUCAACACGCUUCAGGAUGACAAGCUGUUUCUGGACCCACCUUCCACCCCGCCUCGCGCUCGCUCCAGACGGCAUCGAAGAGACACCCGACCCGAGCUGCUGGAUUUAACGAUCAAGUUUGGGAAAGGGGAGUGGGUGGUCGGCUCGGUGCAAUACGAGAAGAAGAAUGAUUUGUCACUGUACAUCAUCAUCCCUGCUGUCAUCGUGCCCAUGGUGCUCAUCAUCGCCAUCUCUGUCUACUGCUACAGGAGGAAGAGUCAACAGGCAGAGAGGGAGUACGAGAAGGUGAAACAUCAGCUUGAGAAUCUGGAGGAGAGCGUACGGGACCGUUGCAAGAAAGAAUUCACAGACUUAAUGAUCGAGAUGGAGGACCACACCAAUGAUCUGAGCGAGGGACGGAUCCCUUUCCUGGACUACAAAACUUACACAGACCGUGUCUUCUUCCUGCCCUCUAAAGAUGGGGCCAACGAUGUCAUGAUCACAGGAAAGCUGGACAUCCCAGAGGCGCGACGGGCCACCGUGACUCAGGCACUCAAUCAGUUCUCCAACCUCCUGAACUCCAAGACCUUCCUAAUUAAUUUUAUCCGAACCCUAGAGCGCAGUCAUGACUUCAACGCCAGGGCCAAGGUGUACUUUGCCUCCCUGCUGACAGUGGCUCUGCACGGGAAACUUGAAUACUACACCGACAUUAUGAGAACGCUGCUGCUGGAGCUGAUGGAGGAAUACGUCCACAGCAAGAACCCUAAACUCAUGCUGCGCAGGUCAGAGACAGUGGUGGAAAGGAUGCUGUGUAACUGGAUGUCUAUCUGCCUUUACCAGUUUUUGAAGGACUCUGCAGGCGAACCCUUGUACAAACUGUUCCGAGCCAUCAAGCACCAGAUCGAGAAAGGGCCUGUGGACGCCAGAGUGAAGAAAGCCAAGUACACCCUCAAUGACACAGGCUUGUUGGGCGACGAUGUAGAGUACUCCGUCCUGACCCUGCAAGUGCUGGUGCAGAACGAGGGUCCAGAUGUGACGUACGUCAAGGUGUUGAACUGUGACACCAUCUCACAGGUGAAGGAGAAGAUCAUAGAGCAGGUGUACAGGAACCUGCCGUACUCCCAGCGGCCCAAGGUCGACAGCGUCACGCUGGAGUGGCGCCCAGGCUCAACAGGGCAGAUUUUGUCAGAUUUGGACUUGACUUCCCAGAAAGAGGGCAGGUGGAAACGCAUCAACACUCUGGCACACUACAACGUACGAGAUAACGCCACAUUAGUCUUGUCCAGGGUAUCUCACACUCAGCAGAACUACGACCAGAACCAAGAAAACCACGAAGAGCGGAAUGCUCUGUUGGAAGAUGACAAGGUGUUUCACUUGGUGAGGCCGGCAGAUGAACUGGAUGAGAUCAAAUCUAAACGAGGAAGCAUAAAGGACAAGUCGAUGACCAAAGCCAUUACAGAGAUCUAUCUGACACGACUCCUUUCUGUCAAGGGAACACUGCAGCAGUUUGUGGAUGACUUCUUCCGCAGUGUGCUGUGCUCUGGGGCAGUGGUGCCACCAGCUGUCAAAUAUUUCUUUGACUUCCUGGAUGAGCAAGCGCUAAAACACAACAACGUGGAUGAGGAGACCAUCCACAUCUGGAAGACUAAUAGCCUUCCUCUGCGGUUUUGGGUGAACAUCCUCAAGAAUCCCCACUUCAUCUUCGAUGUCCACGUGUCUGAAGUGGUGGACGCGUCGCUCUCUGUCAUCGCCCAGACCUUCAUGGACGCCUGCACCAAGAGCGAGCACAAACUCAGCCGGGACUCGCCAAGUAACAAACUACUCUAUGCAAAGGAGAUCUCCACCUAUAAGAAGAUGGUGGAUGAUUACUACAAGGGCAUCAGACAGAUGGUCCCCGUCAGUGACCAGGACAUGAACACUCAUCUGGCAGAAGUGUCAAGGUCUCACACGGACAAACUGAACACACAAGUGGCUCUCCAUCAGCUUUACCAGUACGCCAGCAAAUACUAUGAUGGGAUCAUCACAUCCCUCGACGAGGACCCAGCAGCCCAGAGUAAACAGCUGACCCUGCGGCUCCAGCAGAUAGCAGCCGCCUUGGAAAACAAAGUGACUGAUCUCUAACCCACUGAGUGGAGGAGUGUGGAGUGUGGAGUGUGGGG